AACAAGUCUCCCGGUAACACUGCAUAUCAUAGCUGAUAGCAACACUGUCAUUGGUACAACUGAAAUAUUUUAGUUUCAAAUGAAAAAUGUCAGACGCCGAAAAAACCAAAAACAGUGAAAAGAUGACUGAUGACAAGGCAGAAGAUUCGACGCAGGAGGUCAAGCCAGAAGACGAUAAGAAAGAAAGUAAAGGCAAUUCCGUGAAAGGUGGUGCCGACAACGGUGCGAAGAAAAAGGCGAAGGAUGAUAAAUCCGAUUCGGAUGCAAAAAAUGAUGAGGAUUCAGCAGAGGAAGAUGGCGAUGAUACUGCUGACAACGAUGAAAAAUCGGACACAAAGAAAACCAGCGACAAAAAGAAACCGGCUGCAAACAAUGACAAAAAGAAGUCAGUGGCGGACGGAAAGAAAGAUGAUGGAAAAUCCAACUCGAAGAAUUCAAAUUCGGCAAACGAUAAAAAGGACGAUGAUGGUACGGCCAAAUCUUCGAAUAAAAAAGAGAGUGCCAUGAGUCUGGGCGAAAUCGCUCGAAUCGACAGCUACAUCACUAACACUAAAGUGGACGGCCUUCAAGUGUUGCACUCGAUUUGCUUCACCGGUGGCGCCAAGCCGAACAUGAUAAAAAAUAAACUUCGCAAAUUCAGCGGUUUCGAAUUCGAUGCCGAUUCCGAUGAGUACAGCACAAAAUUGGAAGCUGUGCAGAAAAUUGAUGUCGGCAAACUCAAGGCUGUGUGUGAAGGGCUCACGUUGGAUAAAAAAGGUUCAAAGGACGAGCUUGCCGAACGGAUAUGCGAAUUUCUGUUAGCUCCGGAAGGCGAGCGCGAAGAGCCCGAUGAAGAGGAUGACGCUGACGAUAAAGAUGAAGAGGAAGAAGAGGAACAGGCAUCCAGCGAAGAAGAGACGAAAAAGAAGAAAGGUCGACGUGGAAAUGUCGAGGAAAAGGUCGGUAAAGGUGGCCGACCACGUCGUGCUACGGCCGGACGAACCAGGGAUGUUUCAUCGUACGUAGACUACUCCAGUUCCGAAGAAGAAGAAAAAUACGUCCGACCGAAGACUGCGCGACGUGGCAAAAAUCGUGACGAUUCAGACAGUGGAUCGGAUUAUAAUCCAUCUGGCGGCUCAGAAUCAGAUACUGGCAAGAAAAGAUCUUUACGCGUUGUUGGUCGCGGUCGACCGCCAGCGCGACGAGCUGCUAAACGUCGUCAAUCGGACAGUGAAGAGGAAUCACUACCAUCAUCAGAUGAAGACAGUGAUGCACCACCGAAAAAGAAGAGAGGAGCAGCAGUAGCUGCCCGACCACGCGGACGUCCAUCUGGACGAGGACGAAAGAAAGAAUCCGAAUCUGAAGAAGAAGAAGAAUCGGAUUUGGAGAGCGAGGAUAGUGAUGAUAAGGGCAAGCGAAAGGUGUCGCCGAAAAACAACAAAUCGACAAACAACAAAUCAAAGAACUCAUCACCCGCUAAAUCAAGAGGACGACCAGCCAGAGCUGCCGCAACAAAAGCAAAAUCUAAAAAUGAUGCUACUUCGGAGGAGGAGGAAGAAGAAGAAGAGCCGGAAAAGGAUGAGGAGUCCGAGGACGAACCCCUAUCGAAGAAGGCGAAAACGGCCGAGCCAACGGACGAUGAAAUUAAAAGUUAUGUGAAAGAAAUCUUGGACGAGGCCAAUCUGGAGGAGAUAACGAUGAAGACAGUUUGCAAACAAGUUUACGCAAAGUAUCCAUCAUUCGAUCUCUCUCAUAAGAAGGACUUCAUCAAAAGCACCGUGAAGUCGUUAAUUGCCACAUAAACGAUUGCACUCAUCACAAUUCGCCGUAAAACUUUAUCGAUGUGUUUAAAUACUUAGAAGUUUCAGUCAUGUAACCCAUUUAAGUGAACAAUUUAUUUUUGAAGAGAAAAUAUGAAGAAAAAAUCGAUUUUGAUCGUUCAAUUAAAAAACAAGUAUUUCGGUUAUUUGGUUCUAGAUAUCACAAGAACAACAAAAAGGAGAACGAAAAUUAAAUGAAAAUUGAAACAAAAAACAUUUUAAAUGUUGAAAAAAAUCUUCAUAAAACGAUGUAAUAUGUGCACACACGACAUGGAUAACAAACAAACAAACAAAAAAAAUCAUUUUAUAACACCUCUGCCUGAGUACAAAAUUGAAUCGUAUUUAAACACAGACCCACACAUACACAGAAACAUACACCUUUUGGCGAUAAAAUUCAACAUUUCAUAAAGUUCAAGUGAAAUUUAAAGGGAAAACGAAGAAAUUUAAGUGGAAAAAUUAAUUAUAUUUUUUGUAUUUAAUGAAGUAAAUUAUAGAAAUUUUUCAUUUUUCAUUUUUUUAGUCGUAAAAAAAAGGCAAACCCUUAAGACAUUCUUAAGGGUCCAUCUUAUUAAGCUGUUUCUUUUUAUAAUUUUGUUAUAAAAUGUUGGAAAAUUUGAUAUAGCAAAAAAAAGCAAAACAAAAACAACAAAGUGAAUUAAUUACUAAAAACAAAAAAAAAACUUUUGGAAAUGAAUUUAAGUGAGAAAUUUUUAAUUUUUAGUUGUUGUACACGUUCUGAUUACAACACUAUCUCUAGGCGGGGUGGUUGAUUAUAUUAUUCAUAUUAUUUCAUAGAGAGCUCUUUUUAAUUGUAAUGAAUUUAAUUAAUAAUAAAAACUCUAUUCAUCGCCGAAUCAA